CCCUUGACGUGAUCAGCGAACUGCCCGACGAGGUCCUCCUCACCAUCUUCAGCUACCUCUACGAGACGGAUCUGUGUCGGGUGGCGCAGGUCUGCGCUCGCUUCUUCAAGAUCUCCAACGACUGCGAGCUGUGGCGAUCGCUCUACGCCGAUCUCUUUCAGUACGAGCAGCCGCUCUUCUACACCAUCAGCGAGGCCGACCACCAGUACCGCUUCAAGUUUGUCCCCGUCGCAGAGUGUGAGACGGAGAAUCCGUGGAAGGCGAGCUUCAAAGAGCUGUACGGAGGCAUUCACGUCCGACCAGGAUGUCCUGAGCUGAACUCUGCGGUGAACGGCGGCCCAGUGCGAGUGAAGGGUCGUCGGCUGACCUUUACCUCCACCAUUGAGCAGGCGCUGGCACUGGUCGAUGCCAGUGCACAGCAGCAGGCGAUGAUAUUGGGCGGAGGAGGAGGAGGAGGGAGCCAACUUUCGCUGGGUCCCAAUCCUUUUGUCUUCAUCCACGCGGGCACGUACAAGGAGCACCUGCUGGUGAACAACAAUGCGGUGAUGAUUGGCGCCGCGCCCGGCAACGUCGCAGAGAACGUGGUCUUUGAGCGCGAAGACGAGUCGACCAUCACCUACCUGGCCGGGGCGAACCACGGCGCCCACCUCGCCUACGUCUCGCUGCGCUUCUCGCCCACCGACAAUGGGUCGCUGCAGAAUCACAACCACGGCGGGCCGAACAACGCCGGCCACCACAAGCACUACUGCCUGGAGGUGACGGAGGGCGCCUGUCCGGUGGUGGAGCACUGCGUCAUCCGGAGCAGUUCGAACGUCGGCGCCGCCGUCUGCGUCACCGGGAAGGACGCCUGUCCGGUGGUGCGAAGUUGCCUCAUCAGUGAGUGUGAAAACGUGGGCCUCUACGUCACCGACUUUGCGGAGGGCAUCUACGAGGAGAAUGAGAUCUCGCGAAACGCCCUGGCCGGCGUGUGGGUGAAGAACAAUGCCAACCCGAUUAUGCGCCGCAAUCACAUUCACCAUGGCAGAGAUGUGGGCGUCUUCACUUUUGAUAACGGCAAUGGGUACUUUGAGGCGAACAACAUUCACACCAAUCGAAUUGCCGGCUUUGAGGUGAAGGCGGGCGCAAAUCCGACGGUCACUCGCUGUGAGAUUCAUCAUGGGCAGACGGGUGGCAUCUACGUGCAUGAAAGCGGGCGAGGGCAGUUUAUUGAGAAUCGCAUUCAUUCAAACAACUUUGCCGGCGUGUGGAUCACCUCGCAGUCGAACCCCACCAUACGGAAGAAUGAGAUCUACAAUGGGCACCAGGGUGGGGUGUACAUCUUCGGAGAGGGCCGUGGGCUGAUUGAGCACAACAACAUCUACGGGAAUGCGCUGGCUGGUAUUCAGAUUCGGACGGCCAGCGACCCAAUUGUCCGUUACAAUAAGAUUCACCACGGACAACAUGGCGGCAUUUACGUCCACGAGAAGGGCCUCGGACUGAUUGAGGAGAAUGAGGUGUACGCAAAUACACUGGCCGGUGUGUGGAUCACCACGGGCAGUACGCCGGUGUUGCGGCGAAAUCGAAUUCACAGCGGCAAGCAGGUGGGCGUGUACUUCUACGACAGCGGCCACGGACGGCUCGAGGAGAAUGACAUCUUCAACCACCUCUACUCGGGUGUGCAGAUUCGCACCGGCUCCAAUCCGACCAUUCGGCGGAACAAGAUCUGGGGCGGCCAGAAUGGCGGCGUCCUCGUCUACAACGGCGGCCUCGGCGUCCUGGAGCAGAAUGAGAUCUUUGACAAUGCAAUGGCUGGCGUGUGGAUCAAGACAGACUCGAAUCCGACGCUGAAGCGCAAUAAGAUCUACGAUGGCCGUGAUGGAGGCGUGUGCAUCUUUAAUGGCGGCAAGGGAAUUCUCGAAGAUAAUGACAUCUUUCGAAAUGCGCAGGCAGGCGUUUUGAUCAGUACACAGUCGCAUCCGCUGCUCCGCCGUAACCGCAUCUUUGACGGGCACGCCGCCGGCGUGGAGAUUACCAACAAUGCCAGUGCAACGCUGGAGUACAAUCAGAUCUUCAACAACCGUUUUGGAGGGCUCUGUCUGGCCAGUCACGUCUACCCGACGGAGGUGGGCAAUAAGAUCUACGAUAAUCACAAUGCGGUGGAGAAGGCGGUCAACAGUGGGCAGUGCCUCUACAAGAUUAGCAGCUACACCAGCUUUCCGAUGCACGACUUUUUUCGAUGUCGCACCUGCAACACCACCGAUCGCAAUGCCAUCUGCGUCAACUGCAUCAAGACCUGCCACAGUGGCCACGAGGUGGAGUUUAUCCGCCAUGACCGUUUCUUCUGCGACUGUGGCGCCCGGACGCUGACCAACCAGUGUCAGCUGCAGGACGAGCCUACGCAGGACACUGACACACUGUACGACUCGGCGCCACCGAUGGAGUCGCACACUCUCAUGGUCAACUGA